AUGUCAGGCUGGGUCGCAUUGAAUGUUGAGCUGGACGAUGGUGAAGAUGAAGUUGACGACACUAAGGAGCUUCAGAUUGAAGAAGCUUUGAAACUUUACACUAAUGCCCUGAAGAUUCACUCACAAGGCCCGAACUCUUUUUCUCAUGCCGGAGAAGCUUACGAUGCUCUUUUUAAGUCGGACAUUUUCAAAUACCCCGAAUCGAUCUCGGAUUUCAAACAAGCCGAACCAUCAAAUGUCCAAUCUGGAGGCGCCUCCGAAGAAAGUGUUACUGAUGCGAUAGUGGAAUUUAAUGUCAACGAUUCAACGUCCAGCCUAUUCCAAACACUCUACCUCUCCCACAAGAAUCACGGCCGAUACCUUCUCGAUGUUUUGCAAGAAUCCCUGAAAGAUGAGCCAGAAUCCACACAAAAGAUACACGAUGCAUCAACAAGAGCGCUGGGGUCAUUUGCAGACGCCCUGGAACGAGAUGAUACCGACCUUCACCUAUGGAGACAGAGCGCGAGACUCAGCGGCGCUUUGAAAAGCUUUCGUCUGAGCCGUUUCUGUUUAGAGAGCGCUCUAGUAGACGACGAGAAUCGACUGGAAUCUCAAUCAGCGCACAUGGGUAUCGAGGAAAUGUUUUCGGAGGAAUCCUUGCUAGCAACACUCAAGUCCCUCGGCGAUGAACUCUCAGCCUCACAAGUUCCGGUCAAGAAACCUAAGAAAGCAUUGGCACGAUAUCUCAAGCAUCAUGAUGACCCUUUCCCGUAUCUGCCCAAUCUCCCAGGCGAUUUACAAAACCUCAGCCCAUCUCAAGGUCCUCUCGCCCUGUCUACCUCUCGCCGGGAAAUUUAUCCGUCAUCGCCAACAUGGGAAUCCGUCGGGAAAGCAAUUGUUCAGGCAUUUGAUGAAGAAGAGCAUGCCAGUUAUGCUGCAGCUCCAAGCCGAUCAAUUCGAGUCAUUCUUCCGCACAGGGACUCCGAAAUGUCCGAGACCGCAUCCUUGAAAGAAACGGAUGUCGCAGAUACUGCUCCUGACGAUAAUGUUGUGGUUCAAGCUGAAAACCAAGAUGUCGAAAUUCUGGCUGACAGUUCACCACAAGACGUGGAGCUCGAGAACGAUGCUACGGGCAGUCCCAAGGCUGCUCCUGAGUCAGUGGAGGAACAGAACGCGGAAAAAGCGCCCACGGAAUCUCCUCAAAUAAAUUCCGCUCAACCGAACGAGAGCCACCCAGCAGAUAACGACAUCACUCACCAAGAGGAUGAACCGAAGUCGCCUACUGAAGUUCGUAAAAGAUCAUCAGCAUCGGCGGCGAACGAAGAACAGCCAGAAAACGGGCGAAUGAAAAGUAGACGGACUCGAGCUCGAGAAUCCAACGCUGAUGGACUAGUGGUACCAGAGGAAAUUGCAUUUGAUCAAGAAAAGUAUUACGGUAAUUGUCUCGAAGUCUACGUACAUGCUGAUGAGUGGAUGUUCAAUACUCUCGGUUCUCUGCUUUCAAGAGUGAGCAUUGAAGCACCAGGUUCUAUAGAGAGUCUAAGAGAAAAAUUGACCACUGGAAUGGACUCAAGCGACACCCCAAAGGAUUCUGAGACCAGACUAUUCCAGGAUCUUCGUGGCCUGGUCAGAACUUGGAACGAUGGGAAAUCUCGGGCCAUGGUACAAAAAGAUGACGUUUCUGCAUUGAAAGAUAUUCGAGGAACCAGCAAGUCUGGACUAGCUGUGUUCCUGGAGCACUCAAGGAAGACAGCCCGAAAGCCACUUUCUCACAAAGAAUUGCCAUCUGGUGAGGAGAUGUAUCAUUUCACGAACACUGUCAAUGAUGGCUGGCUCCAUCCUCAUGACACUUCAUACGAGUGGAUUAAGUGUCUUCUGAUGCCACAAUUCGGCGAAAUUGUCUUGGACUGGCCAGUCAUGAAGUCAGCAUACGAAUCAUUCCUAUGGCCUGGACAACUCAAGGAAACAGUUGUGAGUCUGUUAGUUCGUGAAGAUGAAUUCAUUUUCGCCAAACUGUGUGGAUCAGUGGAAAAUCUCGAGCGUCGCAUGCUCAGCUCGAGUACCCCCUUCGAGUACCACGCCACAGACUUUUACGACCUGGAAAUGAUACAAUCUAUCUUCGAACUUCAUCUGGACGUUUUUGCCAUGGUUGAAACCCUUGGUAGCGAUGCUAGCCAAAAUGAAAGAAUUCCACAAAGAGAUCGUCUUGGCAGAUGGAGCAUGCUCGCUCGAUCGUCUCUCAAUCACUUUUUUGACUUUUGCCCAUCCGAAGAGUGUCAACAGAACAUGUCUCUUCGCCACUUGUGGGCAACGGUAUUCCAAAUGAACCUUGUUGGCGAGACAGAGCGUGAGCAUGUCUUGCUUUGUCUCCAGGAUCUGAAGCACGUCAUUCAAACAAUGGGCGGUCCUGUUACUUGUCUUGUGAACAACUCAGUCAUGUCUGAACUAUCGACAGCAGCCAUCGAUCAGGAAGUACUCAAGCUCAAGUGUAUGGAUUUCUUUGCCAAAGUCUUCAGCUCUGAGGACGAAAAACCCGUGUCGCUUAUCGAAGCCAUCGAGCCGAUUCUCGAGCCCUCGUCAAUCGAGUAUGUGGAGGAUUCAAACAUGCAAAACGCUCCUUCACACUCCAGCGAAAUGGCAUCUUUUCUUGAUCGCGGGGAUGCCACCCUGCGACUAUUCCUAUGGCGGAGGCUCUACGAAGCAUACCAGGCUAUUGACUACCCCCCGAAGGUGGUCUGCUGCUAUUUGCGAAGUAUUGAGACUGUCAUGUCAGAGCUUGAAGAUGCGAAACACAUCGAAGAGUCAAGUGAACACCGCCAGGUCACUUUGUUAGGUUGGCUCAAAUCACUCGAUGUUAUCAUGGCAAAGGCCAUUCCCCUUGUGCUACAGCAGGGAGAAAAGGCAUAUGAGUGCGUGGAUAUGGACCACCUCCAAGCUUCUAUAUCUGCGAUAGCUCGACUCGUUCGGCUUCUCCAUAGUUUCAUCCUGUACGAGGAUUCAGUACGCGUGGGUCAGACAUCCGAACGUGACCUCCGUGCAAAUCACGCAAAGUCACUCGGAAACUUCAAGGAGAGGAUGCGAGAGCUAUAUGUCAGUUGCUGGAUUAUGCUGUAUACAUUGCUAUUGGAAGCAAUAUCUCAGAACAAGGAUAAGUUCAACGAGCCACUGAAUGAUCGCAUCCAUGUUCUUCGAUCCGUCCAUCAUGCGUUGGGAGUUCGGUCCAUGUGCAAGUACUCGAACAAGCGGUUCUUGAAGCUCGUCAAAUCUGAAUUGUCUGACCUUGAGACAAAAGGAGAUUACGAGACGGACGUUUGCCAGGUGCUUUUCGACCUCUAUGGGAUCAAAUUCUCUUCUAAUGACUGGAUCUCCGAUCAUGGAUGCCCCCCUGAGAAUUUGGAUCAGCCCACAGCCAUCACAAUGAUCGACUUCGUAAUCAAACAGGCCCGUAAAAUGAAUAUGAAAGAUCUAUCGAAGUCUGAGUUGAAAACAACAAUUGAAAAGAUGCAGCAGGCAAUUGGCGCCGCAAAGCUUUCCUCCGCGUCACCCCAGCUGUCUUUCAACCGCCGUCUUUUCUUAGCAUACAUCAAAUCUCCGAUCAAUUCCUCCAAUUUGCUCCGUGCUUUUCAGGGGGCGGCAGCAGAGCUUCCAAUGGUACCUGUACCCGGCGAAAAGGCUAAAAUCGCUUCCAAGGGCUGGUUUUUCCUUCUUGGCCAUGCCACUCUCACAAAGUUUCGUUCGCAAAAACGCACCAGUCCUGGGUCAACCUCAGAGCUUGACGAUGCGAUCAGUUUCUUUAGACAGGAUAUCGACCAUGGAACCGGAAGAUGGGAAACUUGGUACCGGCUUGCGCAGGUAUACGACGCUAAAGUGGAUGAAGACAUCACAUGGACUGCAGACAAGAUCAACAACAAUCGUCCAGAACUGGCAACAUUGCAGCGAUUUGCCAUACACUGUUAUGCAAUGGCUGUUUCAACCGCAGUUCGAACUAUCGCACCAACAGCCGAAAACCGGGAGGUACUAUCAGACUUGUACACUGACUUCGGAAUUCGCCUCUACUGCUCCUCUCGAGAACCUCUCUCCAUGGGUGCUUUCAGCCUAGAAGACUUUAUCCGACACUUCAGCCACGGAGAUAGUCAGGCAAUGUACAAAGCACAGCCUUUCAAGGAGAUGCCCCUUUACUCAGUAUGGGGCUUGGCCAGUCGUCUUCUCAGAAAAGCGAUCGCUAUUGGAAACAAGCGAAAGAAGUGGAUGACACAUUACUUUCUCGGCAAAUGUCUAUGGAAGAUGCUAAAUUGCGAGGAUUCUUUGCGCACAUCUUCAAAGAAUGUUGAAACGCACGAUGUGCUAGAUGCUCUUCGCGAUGCUAUCUUGGCCCUUCCUCAGCGCAGAGACUCGCGAUCUGAGCCAAUAUUCGAACCUCAUUUCAAGCUUUUGACCGUGGUGCAGAAACUUGUGGCUCAAGGCAAGAUGACGCCCAUCGACGCAAGCAAAGCCCUCCUUGCAACUCCAUGGGCACGUAAAGUGGAUUCACCCAAGGAUAGCGAAGGAUGGACGCCAUAUAUCCUGGAAGUCAUCAAGAAGUUCAAGAGCGCUGACAAAUCAAACUGGCAUCACCGCAUGAGUGCAAAAGCCGCACAUAUCAUCUACGAUGAUGAGAAGAAUGCCACGACGGCCGCUGCUGCUAAGCAUGAAAUGUCACAAAUUUUUACUAAGACACUGACUAUUCAAGUUUGGAGGCCCGAGUUUGAGCGACCUGGUAGACAUUUCGUUUACACCACACGUUAUGUUUAUUUCUUUGCGAGUCUUCUCGACCAGCUCGAUGAUCGUGCCAGCUUGGAUCAAUUAUUGCGCCGUGUGAAAAAGAAGCCGGGUGAUUUCCUCGACCACAUCAAACUGUGGGGCGAUCUCUGCCUGGUAUUUGCAAAGGUGACUCGUAGAGCUGGCAAUAUCCAGGAGGGCCACGAAGAGAGCGUGUUCAAGCCUAUGAGCUGGGACGAGUUUAGCUCGAACACAGCCCGACUGGAAGGUUUGGCCCAGCUUGCACCGGAAAGCCUCCCAAUUCUGGAAUUGCUCCGUGAUUCCGUGGAGAUGAGGAAAUGCAACAACAACCUCAUGAAGGUUACAAUGUUCGAAGAUCUCAUUGCGGACCUUUACGCUCGUGUUUACGAAUUGAACAUGCCCUUGAUCAUUGAACAAACUAACGAGGAAAAUAAAGAGAAGAUGAAGGUCGAUCAUCUGCUCAUGGCAGGCGAUGUCACUACGGAACCUUCUACUCCAGCGACUCCUGUACCAGCGUCAGACACUCCAGCUCCCCGCGGUCGUACCAAGGGUAUUGCUCGCCGAGACGUUCAAAAGAGAGCUGACAACAUUGUCAACCUCAAACUUCCUCGAACGGCCGUUGGUAAGUCUUCUGCAGCCGCAGAGACUGAAAAUUCCGCUUCAGAUCGGCGUGAUUCUACCUCGGCUGCAGCAUUGGGGCAACCUUCUGCUCCCAAUGAGACAAACAAUUCAAUUUCCACUGCAGAUGGAAGCAAUGGGCAUUCUAAAAUCAGCGUGGUUAUUGAGAUGGACAGUGACGAUGGAGAUGAGAAACCACUCACAACUUCACCACUGCAAAAUCUUUCCAAGAACGAAUCAGCCGUGGAAACUGAGGAUGAUGAUGUUGGCAGUGGAGAAGAAGCUGCUGACGAAGGUGACGGAGAAGACGAGGAAGGCGCAAACUAUUAUGAAGCUGAAGGGGAUGGCGAAGACCCCAAUGCCACCGAGAUUGAGAAUGAGGAUUACGACAUGCCAGAUGUCGAUGAUGGUGCAACUAUUGAUGAAACCGUUAUUGACGAAACUAUUAUCGAUGAAACUAUUAUCGAUGAAACCAUCAUUGACGAAACUGACAACGAUGAGGAAAAAGCUCAAGAUCAGCUUGUUGGUAACGACUCGGGUUUCUCUACGACGAGUUAA